UUGUUUCCGGCGCUGGAUCAGUGAGCAGUUAGCAGCAGAGCUAACCUGAUCGCGGACCGAUCAGAACCGUCCGGUGUCAGAAUGUCCCGCUUCGGGCGCUACGGAGGAGAGUCCAAGGUUUACGUGGGGAACCUGGGGACCGGCGCUGGGAAGGCCGAGCUGGAGCGGGCCUUCGGGUACUACGGACCUCUCAGAACCGUCUGGAUCGCUAGGAACCCACCGGGCUUCGCCUUCGUGGAAUUCGAGGACUCCAGGGACGCCGAGGACGCCGUCCGAGGGCUGGACGGGAAGGUGAUCUGCGGCAGCCGGGUCCGGGUGGAGCCGUCCAACGGGAUGCCGCGGCGUUCCCGCUAUGAGAGGCCGCCGCCACGGCGACCGUUUGACCCCGACGACAAGUGCUACGAGUGCGGACAGAAAGGCCACUACGCCUAUGACUGCCACCGCUACGGCCGCCGCGGCCACCGCAGCAGAUCCCGGUCCAGGUCUCGGUCCCGGUCCAGGUCCCGGGGGAGGCGGUAUUCCCGGAGCCGGAGUCGCAGCCGGAGUCGAGGGAGGAGAUCCAGGUCCUCUCCUCGGCGAUCCAGGUCCAGCUCACCCAGAAGGCUGCGGUCCGGUUCUCCUGGGAGGUCCCGGUCCCGGUCGGUGUCAAAGUGCCGCAGCAGGUCCGGAUCCAUGGGCCGGUCUCAUUCCGGAUCUCGGGCCAGAAGUCGCUCGGCCUCCAGGACUCCUGCUGACAACUGACUUCCUGUUUGCUCUCUGAUGUUUUGUACGAACUCACUCUGUUAUGUAGCAGCUCUGUGAUUAUUGAUUAAUUAGUGACUAUUGGUUUCUGAUCAACCUGCUUUGGUUCCUCAGCUGUUUACUUCCUGCAAUGAUCUGUUAAUAAAGGUUUAUCAUUCAA